AUGUUGCGAUACAGUGAGUUUCUGAAAGAUAUCAGAGGCCCAGCGCACGUGAACCCACAAAUUGAGAAGCAGGAUUGUGCGUACCCAAGAAAUUCUGGCCACCGAAACCCCUCUCAGGCUCUUUAUCCAACCCUCACACCCAUCGAGGACCGACCAUCACACCGAAAGAUAACCAAGAUGGUCAACCUGCGAACCCAGAAGCGCCUCGCCGCGUCCGUCAUCGGCUGCGGCAAGCGCAAGAUCUGGCUGGAUCCCAAUGAGCAGAGCGAAAUCUCGAACGCCAACUCCCGGCAGACGGUCCGCAAGCUGGUCGCCGAUGGCCUCAUCAUCAGAAAGCCCGUGACUAUGCACUCGCGAAGCCGUGCCCGCGAGCUGAACCUUGCCCGAAGGGAAGGCCGACACCGUGGUUACGGUAAGAGAAAGGGUACUGCCGAUGCUCGUAUGCCCUCCCAGGUUCUCUGGAUGCGCCGCAUGCGAGUCCUGCGCCGUCUCCUGGUCAAAUACCGUGCCUCUGGAAAGAUCGACAAACACCUGUACCACGAGCUGUACCACUUGAGCAAGGGUAACACCUUUAAGCACAAGCGAGCCCUUGUUGAACACAUUCACCGUGCCAAGGCUGAGAAGGCACGUGAGCAGGCUAUCAAGGACGAGAUGGAUGCCAAGCGUGCCAAGACCAAGGCUGCCCGUGAGCGCAAGAUGGAAAGAGUUACUGCUAAGCGAAAUGCUCUGCUGUCGGAAGAGUAA